AUCACGGAGAGCUUCUGGAGGCAGAUUAGGGUUUUAACUUGAUCUGCCGCUGUCGGUGUGGCCUCUCGCUCCCCGACGAGAACCUUCUUCUUUCUUCUUCCUCUUUCUUUCUUCUUCCUCUUCUUUCCUUCCAUGGUGCUACGUCUCUCUGGUUCGUCUAUGCUCCUUCCUCCUCCUCCAGAGCCGCCGCCGGUUACUUUUCUUCUAGAUCUAGCAUCCAUGAUCGCUCCUCCGGACCUUCCCGUCCUUUCCGACCACUCUGGUGCACCGGAUCUGUUCUCCUUCAUCCUCAAAAUUGCAGAGCCUCCUCCUGUUUCUGGCUCAUCAAGAUGGUGUGUGGUCACCUCUGUAGCCAAAUUUGUUGCUGACUUUCAUGCAUUUUAUGCUGCAGCUUGUUCGGACAGUAGUUCACUGUGUGUGUUUUCUGAUUCUCAUGGCUUCAGCUCACUUUCUAGCACUUUAGGUAUCUCUAUCUUAAGUUGCUUAUGUGCUAUGUAUGCGUCUAUCCAGUGUGUUUUUGUUUCUCGCAUAGCUUUUGAUGCAGCGGUUUAUCUAACCAGUAUGGUUGCUUCGCUGUACUUGAACAAUUCUUCCAUGGCUGGAGUUUAA